AUGGUCGGAGUCCCCCAUAGCACAGGCUGCUCGCUGUGCCGCGAAAGACGCAUCAAGGUCGGUGAUUCCUCUCCUACGUCUCGUUUCAAUCCAACUGAGAGAAACAAGUGCGACGAGGCCGUCCCCCAAUGUUCACAAUGCCGGAAAUACGGCCGCCCGUGUCCAGGCUAUCGCCGCACCUUUCGCUUCCAGGAUGAAGGACCAGCCCUCCAACGCCGGCACCAGUCGAGGUCCCAGUCUCGCCGACGUCCCGAGACAGCCACAGAUGCAGCGACGGCGGCAGCAGCAGCAGUCGUGCGCAACAACGCCAUCGCAAUGAUGCGUCAAACCCGCUCAGAGGAUCCCUGCUCCUCCUCCGCCGCCGCCGCUGCUGCUGCCGCCCAAUCCCAAACCCACCUCCACCAAAUGCAGCUGCAAAUGCAAAUGCAACUCCAACAGCCGCACCUCUUCGCCUCCUUCCUCCACUCCGCCUUCCCCACGCUCUACACCUCCAACAUCUUCCGCGCGCACAACCGCCCGGACUUCCUCGCCCACGUCGCCUCCUCCUACGCCUCCGGCGCCGCCCCCUACCUCGCCGCCACCCUCGCCUGUCUCACGUCCAUCUACACCGCGCAGUUCUCCCCCGACCCAGCGCAGCACACCCGCCGCAGCCGGCAGCUGUACGCGCACGCCCUCACCCACGUGGUCGCGGCAUUGCACUCCCCCGCCGCGCUGUCCGCCCCGCUUCUCGCGACCAUCAUGAUGCUCGCCGUGUACGAGAUGUACGCCCGCACGUCCCCUGACGCGUUCGUCGUGCACGUCGAUGGCGUAAGGAGGAUUAUGCUAGCGAGGGGGCCGGGUCUGCACUUUCCCGACGACAAGGACAAGGACACCGACACUGACAACAACAAUAACAACAACCACCCACCAGCUAGCGCUAUUGCGGAUGCUGCUGAUGCGGAUGCGGAUGCGGAUGCGGAUGCUAGCGGGGAAGGCCCCGGCUUCGCGCGCGGCUGCUACAUCGCCUUCCGCGGGUUCCUCGUCGCAACGGCCCUCUACGAGGGGCGCGCGUGCUUCCUGGACGAGGAGGACUGGCUGCGGUUUGCGGGGAGGAUCCGCGCCGAGGAUGUGCGCAAGGCCGGGCGCGAUGCGCGUGUGGUGGAUGUCUGCGAGCGGAUCUGGAUGGAGGUGGUGCGGUGUCCGAGGUAUUUUGCCGAGGCCCUGCCCGAGGGCCGUCCGGGGACCGUGCCCGAGGGUGUGGAUGCGGGUUUGGAUGAGGGGUUGGAUGAGGGGUUGGCGGCGAGGGUGCGGGCGACGUGGAGCCGGCUGGUUCGGUUGGUUGACGAGCUGCGGGUGGUUCUCGGGGGUAGUGGGCGUGGGCGAGAGGAGACCGGUCCCGGACUGCUGCUGCAAGGGGCGGAGGAUAUGGUUGCUGCGUUGGAGAGCCUGCUGGUUUGGCUUCGGGGGGGUAGUGGUCGACGACGACGACGAGGAGGAGGAGGAGGGUUCCGCGUGGUAUCGGACUUUCAGCGUGGGGUGUCGAGUGCGUCGAGCGAGGCUUUGCCUGUCACUUGGCUGGACCGGGUGGCGUCCUCGAUGGGGGUGAUUGGGUUGAAGGUUAUCUGGGAGGAUAGCAUCUCGUAA